GUUUACAUGAUCCUAAACAACCAAGAUAUUUUUUGUUCCACAUGAUCGAUGCUUUUUUCCCAUCUGCGGGAAUCUAGAAACCAUGGAUACCGGCUCGGUCUGAAAUGUCUUCCUGUUUUUGUCACGUGAGGAGGCGUGGCAUGGAGGCCCCGCCCCCUUUCUCUUCCGCCCUCAGGGCUUUGCUUCUGUCCAGUGGAUUAGUGCUUUACCCACGAGCCCCAGCUGUCGCUCCGCCCCGGGUCUUAUGGACUAGCGUGUCCGGGUUAUGGCGGCUGGUUCUGUCCCUAGCGCUGCUCGCCUUCCCGGGCCCAGCGGUCUCCGCUAGAGUAUCGUCAAGUCUGAGCACCACACAUCACGUUCACCAUUUCCACAACAAACACGGCACCGUGCCCAUCGCCAUCAACCGGAUGCCCUUCCUGACGAGGGGAAGCCACGCUGGGACGACCUACAUCUUCGGCCGCGGAGGGGCCCUCAUCACGUACACGUGGCCCCCGAACGACCGGCCGAGCACGAGGGCAGACCGGCUGGCCGUGGGCUUCACUGGGACGGCCUACAUCUUCGGCCGCGGAGGGGCCCUCAUCACGUACACGUGGCCCCCGAACGACCGGCCGAGCACGAGGGCAGACCGGCUGGCCGUGGGCUUCAGCACGCAGCUGAAGGAGGCCGUUCUGGUGCGGGUGGAGAGCGCCAAGGGGCUCGGAGACUAUCUGGAGCUUCACAUAGAGCGCGGGAGGGUCGGCGUGAUCUUUAACGUGGGGACGGACGACAUCGUCAUCGAGGAGAGCGGCGUGAUGGUCAGCGACGGGAAGUAUCAUGUGGUCAGAUUCACACGGAGCGGCGGGAACUCCACACUACAGGUGGACAAUCUGCCCGUGCUAGAGCGCUUCCCUUCAGGGAGCUUUGAUAGUGAACGGCUGGCUAUUGCUAGGCAAAGAAUCCCGUACCGACUCGGUCGGGUAGUUGACGAGUGGCUACUCGACAAAGGUCGGCAGCUGACGAUCUUCAACAGCCAGGCGUUCAUUAAGGUUGGCGGCGGUGAGAAGGGCCGUAACUUCCAGGGUCAGAUCUCGGGGCUGUACUAUAACGGCCUGCAGGUGCUGAAGCUGGCGGCGGAGGGCGACCCGAACGUGCAGGUGCAGGGGAACCUGCGUCUGGUGGGAGACGUGCCCUCCGUCAUGAGCCCCGACACCACCUCCACCACGCCGCUCGCAGACAUGUCCACCACCAUCAUGGAGACCACCACCACCAUGGCCACCACCACCACCCGCAAACAACGCUCGCCCACCAUGAGAGACAGCGUCACACAGAAUACUGACGACCUGUUAGUAGCGUCAGCAGAAUGUCCAAGUGAUGAUGAAGAUCUCGAGGAGUGUGAGCCUGGAAACGGAGGUGAACUAGUGUUGCCAAUUAUAACUGUGGAUUCCCUUGACCCCCCGUCAAUUGUGACACGUUACCCCAUAAUCCCCCCACCCCCGACCUAUCGCCCCUUCUUCACCUUGCUCGAGACCACCAAAGAGUCUCUCCCCUUGCCCGGCCGACCCCCCUGUCUGCUGGACCAGGAGGACUGCGAAGAGCCCAUGGAGGUCUCAGCCUUCGGCUCGGGCGAGAUGACGGAGUCCGACGAUGAGGACUACUAUAAAAACUCCCCCCUUGUCACUGAUCGGACCGUACUCCCCCCUCCCCCCGCGGCCGGGAACCCCCGAGGUGACCGGCCCUUUGCCCAUUUGCCCGAGUCCCAUCGCCCGCCACUCCCGUUCCCCCCUACGGCCCCCCCGGUGCCCCGGCUCAAACCCGGCAUCAACAGUGGCUCCAACAUCCCUGCGGGUAAAAUGAACACCCGUGACCAGGUGCUGCUGCCACCCGUUCAGCCGUCAGGCGACCCUGAACACGGCGGGCGGCACCGGCACGUCCCAGGUAUAACAUAUCCUCCCAAUUUCCCCCAUGUGCCCACUACAGACCCCUCGUCACCAGACCGAGGGCCUCCAGGAGCGGUGGAGGUAAUCCGAGAGUCCAGCAGCACGACGGGCAUGGUGGUGGGCAUCGUGGCCGCAGCUGCCCUCUGCAUCCUCAUCCUGCUCUACGCCAUGUACAAGUACCGCAACCGCGAUGAAGGCUCCUACCAGGUGGACCAGAGUCGCAACUACAUCAGCAACUCGGCCACGCAAAGCAACGGCGCCUUGGUGAAGGAGAAGCAGCCCGGCGCAGCCAAGAUGGGUACAAAGAGCAAGAAGAACAAAGACAAGGAGUAUUACGUCUGAGCUCGGCCUCCGUAGGGACCGAGGCGGAAGCGAAGGGGAGAAGGAGAGAGAUAGGAUGAGGAAUGGAAAGGGAGGUCCAGGUAUUUGUCGGCAGUUUACCAGUCACAUUUAGAGCUCUGACAUCAGUCUUCUUUAAUUUCCCGUCUCGUCUAGCUGUUGGCCUCAUUUCCAGCAAGAGCUAAAGAGUUCGAAAGCAUCUAGGGUUCGGAAUCAUCCCCUCCCUCAUUUCCAUUUGUGAUAGCUAAUCCCUAUUACAAAAAGAAACUGCAGACCUUUUGUAUCGAAGAAAAGUGGAUUUUUCCUCGCAUGUAAUUUGACGCUCUAGUUUGUUCUUUGUAAAUACUAUGUGAGUCCUCAAUAUUCAGAUCAUCUCCUAACCUGAUGUCAAAACACCCGCGUACGCCAGGUUGCUUGGGCGGUCCAUUGUUGCUCCAUCAGAGCAUUGGAUGCGGUUGAGAAUUGUUUGGGAACGAGAGCAGUUCAGCUGGAACAGCUUGGCAUAGGUGACAUUUCAGGAACAGAUGGUGCCGAAAACGUUUAGCAGUCACACUCCUCUGUAAUACUGCCAAACCAGCUCCGUGUCAAAUGCGUCUCCCUCUCUUUCCAAGUGCUACACAUUUCCAGCCUCCGCUCCCAUCAUCCCUCUCUUUCUCUCUUUCUCUGCACCUUUUCUUGGCUUGUUCUCUCUUUUUCUCCUUGUCCUUGGUGCUCAGGAGCAGAUGCAACGUAAUUCUGUUGUGUUUCCAGCAUGUGGUAUUCAAAAUGAAAAGAGACAAAAACUGUUUCUGUGGAGUCAAACAAAUAAAUAUAUAUCUAUAUAUCAAACCGUUACAACUAGCGAAACAUCUGUGGAUGAUCCCUUCAGCCGCCAGGACUCUUGGAGGCCUGCAGUUACCCUGCUUUCAAGCAAAUAUUCGUUGUGUGUUUUUGGGGUUCCCCAGGGCUCUGUCCUGGACCCGCUGAGGAUCUUGGUUUCUGCUCCACAUUCAAGAACCUGAAACCCCCAACAGCAAAUAGAUAUAUUCAUAUACAGAUAUUUGAAAAGACAAAGGGACAUGAGCAACUGAAAGUCUGACGUGAUCGAUCAAGGCCUACAUCACAUCAACAACCCGUAUCAGUGGAAAACAGCAGAGCAGGAUGCUAGGAUGCCUUUUGUUUUGUUUUCUAUAUGUUUGUGUGUUUGUGCUUUUUUUAUUUCGUCACAAUGUCAAAGAGAAAAGACAAUAACGUUCCAGUUCAUGUACAUCCCACGUAGGGAACGUGAACUCUCCUGCGUCUUUAACCACGUUCUCUCAGGAGGAAAGUAGGUAUGAACUUUGCGCAUUUAAUGGAACGUACUCUCUCGGAAGAGACAAAAUGGCCUGUUUCUUGGAAGAUGUACAUCUUGAACUCUAGUAUUCUAAUUUUCUCAACUCUAUUAAAAGAACUAAACUCUACAUUGAAAAGAAAAUGUUAAAACAGUUUGUGAAACGUCUAAAUAUUUGAAUCUCAUCCCAGUGCUAAAAGAGAUGUUUUUUUCCUAAUUACCAUCCCUAAGAAAAAAGAAAAAAAAGAAAAAGAAAGUGCAGUGAAAUGCAAAGAUCAGUGAAUCGGAUUCCAGAAAGCAGAUGCUCUUUUGAAUAUUAAACAGCAAAAUGUGAUUUGGUUUACAAGAGAACAUUUCCUUUACCAGGUGUGAGAGUAUCUCCUUGUAUCCAUAAGACUUUGAUCAUUGACUCCAUCCUCCGUUUAAAUCAUGUUGCUCGCUUUACCCAGCGUGUGGAGGGCUGUUCAUACUUCAUACUCACUCAACGAGGACCAGACUUCAUCAUCAUUUGAUUUCACUCUUCCAUCUCUGUGUGUUUGCGUGAGCGUUUGUGCGCUUGUUUGUCUGUGUGAAUGUGUUUCCAUUCUUUCCGUUCCUCUUCAGGUUUGUCGGUUGCAUUUCUCCUCAGCUCCCUUGUUCUUUCUAAAUGUUAUUGUAGAGUGUUCCAGUGAGAUGAAUCUGCAUACGUGUAUAUUAACAGAAGGGAAUACA